CGCCAUGUUGGGCAGGGUCUUCUAAUUCGGUUCCCUGACACGGCUGUCGCCGCGGAAACCGUUUCUUUUUCCCUUUUUUUUCCCUCUCUCUUGUUCUACGCUUGCCUCGGACCACGCGCCGCCCGCGUGCUCGUACGAGAUGCCCUCCACCACCAUGCCGAGAUCCGGGUCCUUCGAGGCCGGGCUCAGGGCCGCCGCGGCUCCUGCCGUUUCUUCCAAGCCUUCCCCUCGUCUCCGCCGCAGCCGCUCCACCGCCGCCGCCGCCGCCAGGACGACGCCGUCACCGGAGAACCGUCGCGGCGUCGACGGCGCGAUGCGACAGAGGGUGUCGGAGAUGGAGGAGGAGCUGAGGAAGGAGAGGGAGGAGAAGGCGCGUGCGGCGCGGGAGCUGGCGGAGGUGAGGAGGGACUGCGAGAAGGACGCGGCGGAGAAGGUGCAACUCCUUCAGCGGGAGGUGGAGAAGGCCAAGGAGUCCGAGCGCAAGAUGCUCGAGUCGCUGAUAUACCAGACGAAGCAGCUGGAGCAGACGAAGAUCUCUCUCGAGGAGGCCAAGCUGGAGAUCGCCACUCUGCGGGACGCCAACACGAGCCUCGAGGCGGCGGCGAGCCGGAGGGGAGGGGUUGCGGAGCAGAGGAGCGUCAAGGACCUCGUGUUCGGCGGCUCGGACGUCGACGAGGUCAGGGCCCUGCGCUGCGAGCUCCGGACGGCGAUGCAGGGGGAGGAGAAGAGCAGGAAGGCGCUCGACGACCUCUCCGUCGCGCUCUCCGACGUGACGAUGGAGGCGAAGCAGGUCAAGAUGUGGCUCUCCGAGGCGCAGGCCGAGCUGGAGGCCGCCAAUGCCGAGGCCGAGCGGCUGCGCCUGGAGCUGUCCGCCGCCGAGGCGAGGCUGCGCGCCGUGUCCGACGAGCACGACCGGUGCAGGCUCGAGGCCGAGGAGUCGGCCGCCGCGUGGGGCGACAAGGAGCGCGUGCUCCUCGAGUGCGUCCGCGCGUCGGAGGAGGAGGUGAACCGCGCCCGGCAGGAAAACACCAAGCUCGUCGAGUCGCAGCGCGUGAUCCGCGACGAGAACGCCCGCCUGCGCGAUAUCCUGAAGCAGGCCGUCGCCGAGGCCAACGUCGUCAAGGAGUCGCUGGAGCUCGCCAGGGGCGAGAACGCCCGGCUCAACGACGUCGUCGCCGAGAAGGACGGCGCGCUGCAGAGCCUCCGCCAGGAGUACGAGUGCAUCAAGGUCAGCGAGGCCGCCGCGCAGGGGAGCCUCAAGGAGCUCAACAGCCUGCUCGCCGCGACCACGACCACCGCGUGCAGCACCCCUGCGUCGGCGAAGACCGCCUCCGUGGCGGACUACGGCUUCGACCAGCACCUGCCAAGUGUUCGUCUCGUCGCCAGCGCCAAGGGAACACCGGAGGCCGCAUCACACCGGUGGAUGGCGGAGAAGUCAAGGACGCCGAGCAGCCGGCGAUACUCGAUCGGCGAGCCGGCCAAGUUCAAGGGCAGCUUCUCGCAGUCGGCGAGGAUGGGCAGCCUGAACCACAAGGACCAGGUGUUCGCGUCGCUGAGCAACAUCGCUGAUCUCAAGUCCGCGGCCGAAGCCGCCAUGAGCGACUUCGACGACGAAUUCGAUCACAUUGAUCAGAGCCACUACGACGGCAUGGAUCAGUCCAUGAAGAACAAGAAGAAGAGGCCGAUUCUUCGCAAGUUCGGGGAUUUGUUCAGGAGGAAAAGCUUCUACAAGUCGAAUUUAGCUCCAGUACACACUUAAAAAAUUCUCCCCCAUGUAAUGAAUGUCAAUUUGUUUUGUUCUUCUGAAUACACAAGGAAUGAAAUACUUUUGGAUCCAAAUUCACUCAUUUUCUGCAGAAUUCAAACUGGCUGUGGAAUUAUCUGUAGUUCUGUACCUAUCACUUUCUGGAUAAAGUUCAGCAGAUUCACAUUUACAUGAAGACAUGGCUGACAUACUUGUUGAAAAAGAUGAAAUAUAGAGACGAUGCAACUGGAUUAGAAGAGAGAUGCUCCUUUUGAUAUACUGUCUCAACCUUGUCUUUUGACACUCCAG